UGUAAAUAGAAUAAAAAAGAGACUGAAAAAGAAAAAAAAAAAAGGAAAGAGAGAGAAAGAGAAAGAAGCUAUGCAAAAUUUGGAGUUGUCGACUGGGGUAUAUCGAUCUGACAGCAAUGAAAGGAGUCCAGAUGACGUUAUCGGUGUUAGCGAUGGUAAUACACGGUACGGACAAACGCUACAACUUGGUGCUUAUCAUCCUUGUCCAACAUGCAAUCGAACGUUCAAGCGAAAGAACAGUCUCAAUAAGCAUCUACUUUAUGCUUGUGGUCAAUAUCCAAGAUUCAAGUGUCCGUAUUGUUGGUAUCGUUGUAAGUUACGUAGUAACGUUUACAGACACGUCAGGACGAGUCAUAAGAAACGCGAGGUCUAUGCGACGGACGUUAUCAAGAAUCGUGAUUACAGACCUUAAAAAGGGGAGGGAUGGGGUAGGAUAAUUUUUUCGUUUUUCUCUUUUUAAUUUCUUUUUCUUUUUCUUU